GUGCGCAUGCGCGGUUGGUCCAUGCUCUGCAAUGACCGUGAGGAUGUUUGCUGCGUAUAUGGUGUAUUAACAGAAUAAAACACAGAACUGAAGAACAAUGUCACUAUCGGGUUUACUUCAGUUUUUCAGACAUUCUCUUCAGCGUCUGGAACUCAGUUUAGCGCAAGCGGCGGGGUUUGACAGAAGCUUGGGUCCAGCUCUUGCAGUGAAUGGUCCCAGCAUUCUCCCGCAAGCCCAUAACAGCUAUGAAGACAACUCAGAGCCCAGUUUCAUGGACAGUAUCUUUUGGAUGGCAGCUCCAAAAAAGAGACGAACCAUCGAGGUGAAUCGUUGCAGAAGACGAAACCCAAAUAAACUGUUAGAAGUCAAGAACAAUAUUGAGCCAUGUUCAGAGUGUGGCAACAUGAAAUUGAAGCAUGUUUUGUGUGGAUUCUGCUAUGAAAAGGUCAGGAGGGAGACUACAAUGAUACGAAAGCAAAUCUCCAUCAUGGAAGGCGGACCUCUCAAAACUCCUGCUGUGGAAUCUGUUGUUUUGUAUGAAAAUGAAACUCCUUCAGAUGCAGACAAGGGCAAGAGAAUAAUAGAACGGAGCAGGAAACGUCCAUAUUGGUUUAACAUGUGAUAUAUGUAAUUACAGUGAAAUAAAGACAUACUGUUUUGUUUAAUAAAUAUCCAAAUAUUGAAUGGCUUCAUAUGUUUAUGAUCUUGACUCAGUGAAUAUUGUAACAGUUUGAUGGGUGCUGCACAGUGAUGUACACAGGUGCUAGACAAAUUGGUGUUUUGUGUCAUAGCUGUCACUCUGUUGUACUGGAAUCUGGAUCUGUUUUAAAACAUAUGGUUUCUCAAUAAAUAGGUUCAAAUAUA